GGAAAAAUCGAUGAAACUCUAUUAUGAUAACAUAGUCGGUUAUAGAAGUAAAAGUUAUAAAUUCAUUCUAACCAAAAAAAUUAAAAUGGUGCUUCAAUGGGAGGAUAAAGAAGUCAAAUUUGACAUUCCAUAUUCUAAAAUGAAACUUAUAAACGGUGAAAAAGUUAUAGACAAAUUAGAUAAUAUAGAAGAUACAAAAGGCAAUAGUGGUUAUAGAGGAAAAUUAAUAAUAACAAAUAUAAGAAUUUUAUGGUAUUCGUCAAGCAGUCCUCGCAUUAAUUUAUCUCUAGGAUUGGGCUGCAUAUUAUCUACGAAUUCUAAGAUGGUAAACUCAAGAUUAAGAGGAACCACUCAAGCCAUUCAAAUUUUAACCAUAUCCAGAGGAACGAGAUAUGAGUUUAUUUUUACUAAUUUGGUACCAGGGAAUACCAGACACUUUACAUCGGUCAUGGGAGUACACAAGGCAUACAACUCAUCGAAACUCUACAGGGAUCUAAAACUAAGAGGAGCUGUGGUCCACAACAAGCAAUUAAAGAUAUUACCUUUAGAGCAAGUGGUGUCCACAGUCCAUGGUGUCUGGAAUUUGUCCAGUGACCAGGGAAGUCUUGGAACGUUCAUCGUGACCAAUGUCAGAUUCGUAUGGUUUGCAGACGUCAAUGAAGGGUUUAAUAUAUCGUUGCCAUAUCUUCAAAUUGAAACACUAGCAAUAAGGGACUCAAAAUUUGGUACAGCUUUAGUUAUAACCAGCUCAGAAGCAAGCGGUUUGUACGUUUUGGGUUUUAAAGUAGAUCCAGAAGAGAAAUUGCGAAUUCUCUUCAAAGAACUAUCUUCUCUGCACACAGUGUACGCAUCCAAACCUAUUUUUGGAGUAGAAUACAGAUGGUCAUCUAAUCAGGAACAGCAGGAAUCCAGUAAUUUUGUCGAAGAGUUCGAGGAUGAUAAAAAGAAUGAGAUAUCUAAUUCCAUUGCUGCGUAUUUGGCCGAUGAGGGUCAUUCCAAAGAUAGAUUGCCAGUUUUUUGUCCAGAAUUGGGAUUGGCUGUCGAAAGUAUCAAGGAGGGGUACAGUUUGCAAAAAUUGUGGGAAGUUAUACCGUCAUAA